UUAAAUUACUCUUCUCUAAACUUCUUUUCAGGAUGACCCCAAAAGAACCUGUUUUAAAGCCACUCAGUAGGGGACUGUCGCGGUUGCGCUGCAGCUCGGCUGCGCGUCAGCUGAAGCGCAGUCUUGCCGGGUUUACUCUGGGUCUGUUCCUCGCCUCAGUUUACGGAAUGACAGCGCUGUACAUCCAGAACCACAAUCUCUGGUUCUGUGUCAUCACUACCGGCAUCCUCGCCGCUUGCGCGGGGUUUGGUACGGGCCUCUCUGACCGCGUGCGCACGAACGUCAUGCUGAUGUUCCCGAUGCUGUGCUCAAUCAAGGGUAAAAAUUUCCUCCUUUUCCUCAUCUGUACCUUGGUUAUCCAAGGCCCCGUGAGCAACACAAUGGAAAAUGUUGAACGGGCUGCAGACAGUGUGAUCUGCGGUGUAGAAACUGCCAUGAAUCAGACGCAACAGCUACUGCAGCGUGCUGCCAACCCACUUCUGCCGGCCCUGAGUAAGAUAAAACAGAUGGCGAGGAACGCUUACUCAAUGGCAGGGCGAGCACAAAACUUCAUCAGAGCUCUGACGGAAUCUGUGCGGCAUGUCUCCCGUACUUUAAGAAAUGUACUCCACUUCUUGGCGAAUAUUGGUGAUGUGUGUAAUGACAACCUGGGUCUGCCAUAUCAGAAGUGCACUAGGCUGUUUGAUGAGGCCCGUGAGAACUGCAUGGAGUUGCUCUCUGUGUUUUCGUUCCUCUGCCACCUCCUGGAUGGGUUCCAGUCUCUUUGUGGGCUCGCGCGCGUGGGACAGCUGUUUUGCAUCUUACCAUCAUAUAUCGCUGACCACAUGAAGACUGCUUUGGCUUUUCCAACCAUUGCAGCCUUCGAUCGUAUUAAAAAGGAGUUUGAAUUCAACAUUUCUACCUCCAUCAACUUUGACCUGCUUCUGAACAACAGUCAGUCCAUACAGGAUGCUGCUCAGAAGAUCAUGGAGGAGGUGUCUGAGGAGCUGGGCCUCCUCCAGGAGGUCAAGCUCCUGCUGGCAUACUUGGGUUUCUUCCUGCUUCUCUUCAUGUAUCUCCAGGCUGUUUUGUACAAAAAUAAGUACCUUCAUAAUGACAACUUUGAAAACAUCUACAUAACUGACCAGUUUAUUGAGCUGGACAGGAAGCGCUCCAGACAGGGAAAAGCAGCUGUACUUCCUCUCAGCCAGAGAGAAACUCUCACCUACAUCAGGCCCUGCUCUCUGUAUCUGACUGUGAGAGAGAGACGGGCUAUGGCAGGUCAGAUGUUGUCUUUGCUAAGGUAUAUGAUCAUGACUGUCAUACUGGUAGCUGUUGACCUCAUGGUGUUCUGGGUGUUUGAGCUGGUACACCACCAGGCCCAGGGUGAAAUCGUGACCCAAGCUCCUGUAGUGGUUGCAGUACAAGUGAAUGGAUCUGGUUAUGCUUCAGAUAUCUUUAGGGACAUUGCAGCUUCAUUUGACAUCUUGCAGAAAGGAAACAUCACUGUGCUGAACAAGAAAUGUCUCAUGACGCCUUUGGAGCCAGACUACAUGAGAUACCUGCUCAUUGGUCUUCUUUAUGGCUUUGCUCUGUUUAUUGUGAUUGCUGGCGGCUAUGUCAAACGUUUACAGAGGUUUGUGUGUGCCAGGUACCACCCUGAAAGAGAGAAAAAGAGAAUCGAGUACCUCCACAGACAUAUUCUUACUCAGCGUGGGUCUUUAGGAAAAGCCCUGCUGAGAGCCGUACAACGAAACAGGGUAGACCAGCAACAUGAUAGCAUUAUGCAAACACUAGCCAAAUACCUACCAGGGGGUGCCAUAAUAGCCAGGCUUCUGGAUGUUGGUAAAGAAUCGUGCAUGGCCUGUGGGAUAGUGUUGGAGAUGAAAGAUCGUGAUGACGAAGUGCACUUCUGCCCUACCCCUCACUGCACAGGCCAUUACUGCUCGCUGUGCUUCAGACUGAUGGGAAGGCUCUGUGCUAUCUGUAUGACAUCCCUCACAUUCCACGAGGACCAAGAGCUAGACUCCAGUGAUGAAGAGCAAGCUGGUUUAUGGGAGACAUCACCUGUAACAUCACCUCAGCCUGGCCAGAGCACAGAGAAAAAGAGAGUAAUGAUCAGUAUUUCCAAUCAGGAUCACUCUGUAUGGAUCAACAGCCAUCAAAAUGUUGAGGUUAACAACAGAGUUUAAAGCCAAAGCUGCUUUGUGCUUGCAGAUUCUGUGGUGGUG